UCCAAGAUGGCGGCGCAGCCGAGGUGCUGCGAGCAGGCCUGAGGGAGCCGGUGCGGAGCGGCCGUCUUUGAGGACUUCAGAAGCGAAGGUGGCCCCUGGAAGGAGGCAAUUAGGUGCCCGAGGCGGCAAUUAGGCGGAUCAGGAUGGCCCCAGCCAGCGAGCGGCUGCAGUUCCGUUUUCCUGGUUACGGUGAUGGCGUGCUGCACCGCAUGGACCAGCUGCGGGAACAACGGCGCUUCUGUGAUGUGACGGUGCAGGUGAACGAGCUGCGGGUUCCUGGCCAUCGUGUGGUCUUUGCAGCGUGCUCCCCUUUCCUGCGUGACCAGUUCUUGCUCAAUGAUUCACAGGAGGUGACGGUCUCCCUCUUCCAGAGCCCAGAGAUUGGGCGCCAGCUUCUGCUGUCCUGCUACACGGGAUGCCUGGAAGUGCCUAUCAAGGAGCUGGUCAACUACUUGACGGCGGCUUCCUUCCUGCAGAUGGGCCAUGUGGUGGAGCGCUGUGCUCAGGCAGUCUCCCACUAUUUAGUCCCUAAGGCUGAUGCCCUGCUGCAGGAGAAACAAGAGGAGGAGAGCAACGAACAGCAGGGUGGAGAGGAGGAGGAGGAGGAGAAACAACCGUCUUCAACACCGGGGAAAGCAGAUUCAGAAGAAAACAAAACGGUGGCCCCAGACUUCACCCCUCGCAGCUCCCACGGCCCCUCCUCUCCCGCAAUUUCACUUUCCCUCAUCAACUCCGCUGUGGAGAUCACCCGCAGCUACCUGCAGGGCUGCUACGAUGAUGACAUGAGCAGCAAAGGGCUUCCCUUUCCAUCAACUACUUCCACGCCCGCCUCUCAGUGGAGGAACUACCCCUUGCAUCGCCAUCGCCACGGCACAGCUAUAAACUACAGGGAGUGGAGGGCGGGCAGCGGGGUGGCCACGUGGAAGGUUCCCGGACUGGAGCGUCCCUACCGAUGCCCCCGCUGCAGCCGCGUGUUCCAGCAGCUGGGCAACUUUGUAAGCCACGUGCAGGAGCACAAGCUUUUCCUGUGCCUUCGCUGCGGCAAGGUCUUCUCGCAGAAGAGCAACCUGACCCGGCACAUCCGCGUGCACACGGGCUUCAAGCCCUUCCAGUGCCCCAUCUGCCGCAAGUGCUUUACCCAGAACGCCACCCUGCAGGACCACCUCAACCUGCACAGCGGCAUCAAGCCCCACAAGUGCAACUACUGUGAGAUGCACUUCACGCACAAACCGGGCCUGCGGCGCCACCUGAAGGAACUGCACGGAAAAAGCACUGUCCAGAACAGCCACGAGGAGAUUGAGGAAGUCACCAUCGAUUUCGACGUGCGAGGAGGACAGGAUGGGAGCUACACACUGAAUAGCAGGUUCUUCUGUGAGCCUAAAGGGAGUCUUCCAGCCCAAACAUCCUCUCUAUGAGAAACAGGCAAUGGGAACUGGGUAGGAGAUUUGCAGUAGAGAGAAGUAGCUGUUGGUGGAGGCCGCAGGCCAAAUGUUUCCUUGCUGAGUAGUGAGGAAAGGACUGGGAUAGUAGGACAACAGAGAAAUGGAUGGAACUGUUUUCUCUGCAGAAGUUGCCUGGCUUCAAGAUGCUACUAGCAGGUGGAUGUCUUGGCCUCUGUAGGACGUGUUUUGUUUUCCAGAGGGGUCCACAUAUGAGGUGAGAUGAAGCAACUCUCCAGGGACUUUGGGGGUGCAGUCAUGUCCCCAUUAUGAAGGGCAACCAUGCAGAACUAUGAUGCUACUCUUGUAUACCUCCCUUUCAGAACAGCAGGCUUUGUGCAGGAGAACCUUGUGGUGGGCUAGUGGGUACAGGGCAUAUUGUUUAAUUUUCCUACCUCAAGCACUGCAAGGUCUUGCAUCAGUCUUAACUUCUGAAGAACUGAACGAAAUAGACAUGGAAGAGAUGAAAUUCUAGAAGGAAUUGACAUGUUCACAAAUUAAUGUCACUGUGUCCAGAUUGCAUACAACCAAGGGUUCUUGAUUGUGGAAUUGCUCAUCUCUUAAUAAAAGAAUACAACG